GAGAGGAGCAGAGCAGGAGGAGGAGAACAGGAGGAGGUGAGCAGGCCCCAGCAGGACUAAAGCCCGACACUAGACAGGUAGAACCGGGAGGAACCGGGAGGAAGCAGCAGCAGCAGGUAGCAGACAGGUCGCAGAGACACAGAGACUAGAUCAUGGCGCUGAUCCCGUCUCAGGUCCUCCGGGUCGCCAUCCUGCUCUCCUACUUCUCCAUCCUCUGCCACUACAAAGCCCUGGACAUGCCGGCUCACCAGACCUACGGCGGCAGCUGGAAGUUCCUCACCUUCAUCGACCUGGUGAUCCAGGCCGUGUUCUUCGGCGUGUGCGUCCUGAUCGAUGUGUCCAGUCUGCUGACUAAGGGAGGCGACAGCAGGGAGCAGGAGCGCCAGCUGAGGAAGCUGAUUGGCCUCAGGGACUGGAUGAUGGCGGUGCUGGCCUUCCCUGUCGGAGCGUUUGUGGUGUUCACGUUCUGGAGUCUGUACCUGUACGACAGAGACCUGGUCUACCCCAGACUACUGGACAACUUCAUCCCUCAGUGGCUCAACCACGGCAUGCACACCACCGUUCUUCCCUUCAUCAUCAUCGAGAUGCGGACCACCCACCACCGGUACCCCAGCAGGUCCUGGGGUCUGGCUGCCGUCUGCUGCUUCGGCAUCGGAUACAUCCUCUGGACGUGCUGGGUGCACCAGGUGACAGGUGUGUGGGUUUACCCGGUGCUGGAGCGCAUCACGCCGCUGGCCCGGGUCCUCUUCUUCAGCGCCAUGACGGUGGUCAUCUGUGUCUUCUACACGCUCGGAGAAAUCCUCAACAGCUACAUCUGGGACCAGACACACACAGAAAAGGUCAAAGGUGAGUGAUCUUCUGUUGAAGCGUCGGGCGUUGAGUCUCGCCGCCCGCCAGGACAACAACAACCGCAAACAGUCGACCUGUGGACGUGGACGAGACCAUUCACCUUUUGAACUGUACCUGACAACAAAACAUAUAAAAAAACCAUCAGUUUCAUGUAAAUAUAGAGGAAAAGGUGGCGGGAAUCAUCUGUUUGGUUUUCAUUUUGGUUGUUUUUCAGUGGCAAUAACUAAAGAAAUCAUCUGUUUUUGUUAUGUGAAGGACCGUGGACACUAAACUUGAACUAAUCAUACACACACACACACACACACACACACACACACACACACACACACACACACACACGCACACACACACAUUAACACACACUAACAUACACAUUAACAGUGUUUGUAAUCAGCUUUUUCUGGUCUGAACUACUUAUCAAAGUGAAUGAAUCAUCAGCUAAUAGGAACAAAACUACUGAGCAUUAAUAAUGUGUUGAACUUCAUUAUUAUUCAUAUUAUGAGUCACUACAUGUAUGGAAGAAAUGUCAAUAAAACUUGAGUGGAAAAUG